GUAACUCCUAAAGUCAGACGGUUAUAAAUACAACAGGUGGCUUAUUAUAAACAUUCGGGUGGUGGGAUAGCAUUAGUGACAUGAGCGUCAGAGAUAAAGAACUAAAGAUCCUUUUUAGUCCAGGUCAUGUACAGCUUGUACAGGACACUGUGUACACUCCAUACCGCCGUGUGCUCGUGACAGGAGCCACAGGUCUUCUCGGACGUGCAGUCUACAGGGAGUUUCAGAACAAUGACUGGAACACGCUGGGCAGUGGGUAUUCCCGUGCUCGUCCUCGCUUUCUGAGCUGCAACCUACUGGACGAGGAAGCUGUGCGGUCGGUCGUUCACAACUUUCAGCCCCAUGUGAUUGUGCACUGCGCUGCUGAAAGAAGGCCAGACGUGGUGGAGCACCAUACGGAGGCUGCUUUAAACCUGAAUGUACAUGCAUGUGCUACUCUUGCUAAAGAAGCAGUGGCAGGUGGCAUCUUCCUUAUCUACAUUAGCACUGACUAUGUGUUUGAUGGGCGUAAUCCACCAUAUGGAGAAAACGAUGCUCCUAACCCAUUAAACAUGUAUGGAAAGUCCAAGCUUGAGGGUGAGAGGGAGAUAAUCAGACAUUGCCCAGGUGCGGCUGUACUCAGGGUGCCCAUUCUGUAUGGUGAGGUGGAGAAGGUUGAGGAGAGUGCAGUAACGGUGCUGUGGGAUCGUGUUCAGGAAGGAGCAGAGAGUUCCACUAUAGAUCACUGCCAGCAGCGCUUCCCAACUUACACCAAUGAUGUGGCUCGUGUGUGCAGGAACAUGGCUGAAAGAGCUCUUCAGGACUCCUCUCUUCGUGGAAUCUUCCAUUAUUCUGGCAAAGAGCAGAUGACCAAAUAUGAAAUUGCCUGUGCCAUCGCUGAUGCGUUUAGCCUGCCCAGCAGUCAUCUCAUACAGCUGACAGAGCAGCCUGCAGGAGCUGGGGCUCAGCGGCCACAGAAUGCACAGUUGGAGUGUUCUCGUCUGGAGCUGCUCGGGCUAAGUGUAGAACCAACAGUUUUUAAAUCAGCGAUAAGAGACAGUCUGUGGCCAUUUCUUCAUGAUAAACGCUGGAGACAGACCGUCUUUCACUGAGAGACAGCACUCACAUUCCUAAUUUUAACAGAAAACAGGGCCUCUGUUUAUAGGCGGAACAGCCUUAUUUAAUUUAUGAGAUUAUUAAUGACAUGAGCAGCAAUUUCUUUGUUUUUUAUAUUGCAGUAUGGAUAAUGGAGUCUUUGCUUUUGGCAAUUUCUCUGUGGCAUCACUCCUUAGUUCUGCAAAAUCCUUUGUGUUCUUGAAUUCCAUUACAAUAUGUAAACAACAGCUUGCUUUAGCGCAUAUAGCAAUGCAUGCUGUGUUUUUUGUUGAUUUUUUUGCUUCUAUGAGAACAGAGAAAACAUAAGUGUUAAAAUAAAUUACUCUUUUAAGAUGAACAACUAUUGUAAAUUUUGUUUAAACAGUAUUCAUUUUCAUUAUCAUUGUUUAUAACAUACUCUGCACUGAAGCUUAGAACUAAAAAACCUUCAAGUUGUAACUUCUUUUGUUUGGAGUUUUGGAAUACAGUGUAAAGAUAUGACCUAAGAAAAUAAAUGUUAAGUGUGAUGUUA